AUGUCACACUUACUACCCCCCGACCUCCCACACUACCUCCUAACCAUAACCCUAACGCUCCUCCUCCCAACAACGUCCCUAAUCCUAACCCCCAAAACCUCCCCCCUCCGCUACAUAGCCCUAGCACUGACAACAUACCUCGCAUCCCGCUUCAUAACCCCCACCCCAGGCGCAAGCGUAAUCCGCACAACCCUCUGCGGCCAACUAAUCCUCAUAACCGCCCAAACAGCCCACUUCCUCCUAAUCAGACGUCUAGACGACCGUGACAUCGCGCGCGAAAUCCCCCACCGCGCGUUCUUCCGCUCAGAUAGACUCUGGUAUGCGGCGGAAUUGUUUGUGCAGCCUCGUGGCGUGGGCACGCCGAGGGAGGUUAAGAAUGUUCCCGCACACCCGGGGUAUUAUGCAUCGCGCAGAUCUGGGACUGGGACUAAAGAUGGGGAUGGGAAGGAUGGGGAUAGGAAGGACGGGGCCAUUACUGUGUCACGCGGCACAUUCUUAACACGUCAAUUCACCAUUUUCAUCUGGCAAUAUCUAGUACUGGAUAUCAUGCAAGCCGCGGCCCGACAACAAGCCUUUGAACGCGCCGGUGGUGGUGUAUCCGGCGGCUUCACGCAUAUAAACUGGUUCAUAUCCGCUGAGAAAUGGGUUGAACGCGGUCUCACGAAUUUGAUUACUUGGUUCGUUAUGACUAGGAUCCUGAUUGAUUCUAAUUACCGACUCGUGUCUAUUAUCUUUGUGGGACUUGGUUGGGAUGGGCCUGAGAAGUGGCCGCCGGCGUUUGGGAGGAUGAGGGAUGUUUAUACUGUGCGGAAAUUUUGGGGAAAAUUCUGGCACCAAUUCCUCCGCGGUCCACUCACUGGAAUAAGCAAUUUCGUCACAAGAGAUGUCCUCCAUCUCCCCCGCCCUUCAAUAUUAGAGCGAUACACGAAUAUGUUCGUCGUAUUCCUUCUCUCAGGAAUAAUGCACGCCCUGACAGAUCGCGUGCAAAACAUUCCAUUCGAGUACUCAGGCGCAUUAAUCGGAUUCCCCAUCACCCUUCUCGCAAUCAUGUUCGAAGACGGUGUGCAAGAGCUUUGGAAACGAUUCAACCCAUCGACCACGAAGAAAGGUUCUAGUGAUGAUGAUGUGCCGCCGCUGUGGCAGAGGGCUGUGGGGUAUGUUUGGACGCUGACUUGGCUGGGUGUUGCUUCGACGUGGUAUUUGUAUCCUAUUUAUGAGUUACCCGGGGAACUUACGAUGCUUGUUCCGGUUAGUUUGACGGAGAGGGUUGGGAUGCAGCCUUUGGCGGGGAUCGUUUUGGGGGCUGGGUUGGUGGUGGGAUAUCUGUUUAAGGUUGAGAUUUGA